GUCCGCCCACAUUUCAUUUUACCCAAUCACCUUUCUAGAUUCUAUCCCAAGGGGGGGAGUGGGAGUGGGAGGGGCGUGUCAGUUGAAGCGUCCCUGUUCCAGCCAAUGAGGGAGGAAAAAGCGACGUCACACACUUGGGGGCGGGCGAUGAGGUUUGAACGUUUGGCGGAAAACGAGAUGGCGGUGCGGCGGCAGCUGCAGCUGCUCUUCCAGGAGCCGCAAGAGGGGGGCGCCAUCUUGGUGGAGCGGAAGGGGCCCAGGGAAGGCCGCUGCCUCCGAGCGCAGCCGGACAGGAGAGUGGAGGAGGAGGGUCCCCCGCAGAGGGUCCCUGGCGCCCGGGGCCUCCGCGCGGAGGACUGCGCGGUCUACCAGUGCCGCCACUGCCGCGCCGUCCUGGGGGACUCUCUCCACCUCUGCGCCCAGGAGGAGAAGCUCCGCCUCCUCGUCUGCUUCAAAGUCACAAACGACGUUGUUGUAGAAAAGGACUUGAUGGUCUGCGUCGAAGGAGACCUGACUGGAUGCACUUAUAACUUGUUGCACUGUCGGUCCUGUAAAAGGUGUGUAGGCUUCAGACUGUAUUGUUCACAAUCUUUGGCUCAUCUAAGAGGCUUCUUCUGCCUUUUCAAGGACAACAUCAUAUGUUACAUUUUAAAAACCAAAACCACAGUUGAAGCUUCAAAGGUGAUCUGUCCUCAAAUCAGCCUAAAGGAUCAUGUACAGAAGUUGAAAGAAAGUCUUGUAGUAGUGCACAUGCGUAUAGAGCUACUUAUGGAGAAACUAGAAGGAUUAAACCAGCAGAAGGCUGUAGCAGAGAAGCAAGGCUCUCAUGCAAAGCGACAUGGCCAGACACCUAGAUGUAAAAGAAAGAAGUCAAACAAUUAAUCUGUUGAAUUUGUGCAGUCACAUCUUGAUUGUGAUAAACAUGAGAGUUUGAAACAGACUUCACACAACUUUGGCUUUGGUUAUAUUUGAAUAUGGCAGUAGAUGUGUACCUUGGACAUUCAGUUUAAUUGUACAGAAUUGUUUCAUUCACAAAACACUCAAGCGCAUCCAUUGUCUGUAUAUGAAUAACUAUGCAUGUAUAAAUGGUUUGUGUACACUUUCAUAGAAA